AUGAACGAAUCUCGGAGACCGUUUUCGCGUUCUCUGCCUGGCGAACAUACUGCUCCAAAAAGUCUACCAGCUUCUCUUCCAACAACCCCUGUAACUUUUCAAAUUCCAACUUCCUCUUUAACGGUUCCUACCACACAGCAAGCAACUGGUGUAGAAGGUAAACUUGUAAAAGCGAGAAAUCGUCGAAGUCUUUCUACUUCUUCGAGUCAAAGUUUACUUAAGAAAAGCUUAUCAAUCAAACCACGGGCUUUAUCGAAUCUUUAUCCUUCAAAUUUACUCUCGACUAUCGAGGGCGAUGCAAAUAACAGAUCGUCUUUUGAAGACUUCGACUUUUCGACUUCUGGCCUUCCCUUUAUCGGAACUAACUCUGGUUCAAAUUCCAGUAGUAGUUCCUCUAACUCUCCAUAUUUGACUUCUUUUCCUUUUUAUCAAAGAGAAAGACACCACUCUUUAUUUGUACUAUCUCACCCACAACAGCAGCAACUGCAAAAAAUCGUCAACGCCACUACAACAACAAAAUGUGCCACUUGUUCCUUCUUCUACCCAAUUGGCGAUACACUAGUCGAUGAUGUGGGGCUAUUAAACGCAUUUUUUAGUGAUUUGAAAAA